AUGGCGGGGGGGGACACCGAAGGCUUCAGAGAAGGGGUCAAGUUUAGUGCUGAGGGGCAGAUAACUCUGGGAAGGCAGCAAAGAAGAGGGUCCUCCAGAACAGAGACUGCGUGUGAAUAUGGAAAAUCAUGCCUUAUUGCAUUUUAUGUCUUAGGUAAACUGUUGAUUGAAGAGAACCAGUGCAUUUCUUCCAUGGUUUCGAGUCAUCUGAACCCAUGGACUAAGCCAACAGCUAUUGGAUCCUUCAGGCCGCAUGUGACAGAGUUUCCAAGAAAACGAAAAGGGAGUGAUUCAGACCCAUCUCAAGAAGUGCAUAGCCAAACCGAAAAGCGGAGGAGAGAUAAAAUGAACAACCUGAUCGAAACACUGUCUGCGAUGAUCCCUCAGUGCCAUCCUGUGGCACGGAAGCUGGACAAACUGACAGUUUUAAGAAUGGCUGUUCAGCACUUGAGAUCUUUAAAAGGUAUGGCAAAUUCUUGUAUGGGAAAUAAUUGUAGACCUUCAUUCAUUCAGGAUAAUGAGCUCAGACACCUGAUUCUUAAGACUGCAGAAGGCUUCCUAUUUGUUGUUGGAUGUGAAAGAGGAAAAAUCAUCUUCAUUUCUAAAUCAGUCUCCAAAAUACUUAACUAUGAUCAGGCUAGUUUGACCGGACAAAGCUUAUUUGACUUCUUACAUCCAAAAGAUGUUGCCAAAGUAAAAGAACAACUUUCCUCCUCUGAUAUUUCCCCAGGAAAGAAGUUAAUGGAUGCUAAAACUGGUUUGCAAGUACACAGUAAUUUCCACACUGAAAGGAGUCGUGUGUAUUCUGGCUCAAGACGGUCCUUUUUCUGUCGAAUGAAGAGUUGUAAAAUCUCUUUCAAAGAAGAGCAUGAAUGCUUAUCCAGCUCAAAGAAGAAAGAUUACAGAAAAUUCUGUACUGUUCACUGCACUGGUUACUUAAGGAGCUGGCCUCCGAAUAUUGUUGGAAUGGAAGAAGAAAGGGAUGCUAGGAAAGACAGUCGUAAUUUUACCUGCCUUGUUGCCAUUGGAAGAUUACAUCCAUAUAUUGUCCCACAGAACAGUGGAGAGAUUCAAGUGAAGCCAACUGAAUUUAUAACCCGUUUUGCAAUGAAUGGAAAAUUUGUCUAUGUUGAUCAAAGGGCAACAGCAAUUUUAGGAUAUCUGCCUCAGGAACUUUUAGGAACUUCUUGUUAUGAAUAUUUUCAUCAAGAUGACCAUAGUAAUUUGACCAACAAGCACAAAGCAGUUCUACAGAGUAAAGAGAAAAUAUUUACAGAUUCAUACAAAUUUCGAGCAAAAGAUGGCUCUUUCGUAACUUUAAAAAGCCAGUGGUUUAGUUUCACAAAUCCUUGGACCAAAGAACUGGAAUAUAUUGUGUCUGUCAACACUUUAGUUUUGGGACAUGGUGAGACUGGAAAAGCACCAUUGCUUUCUUGUAGCUGUCAACCAUCAGAAGGAUCCUCUAGACAGUCCUGUAUUAAUGUGCCUGGAAUGUCUAUGGGGACAGUACUUGGUGCUGGUAGUAUUGAAACAGAUAUUGCAAGUGAACUUCUGGACUUACAAAGGUUACAGUCUUCUUCACCCCCUGAUGAUUCAAGUCCAACAGAUUUAUUGAAAGAUACUCACACCAUAAACUGCAGGAACAUGUCAAGUAAGGAGUUGACUACACUAAGUCAUUCUGAAAUAGAAGAGCAAGAGGCUACAAAGCAAAACCAGAGUGCUGUUGUUCCCCAUAGUCACGAACCACUCCUUGGAGAAGGUGCCCAGCUGGAUUUUGAUGCCCUCUGUGAUAACGACGACACAGCCAUGGCUGCCUUCAUGAAUUACUUAGAAGCAGAGGGGGGCCUAGGAGACCCUGGAGACUUCAGCGACAUCCACUGGACCCUCUAGCAUUUGAUUUUUAACUCGAGCAAUGAGAAACAUUUUAAAGCAUUUCAUUUACAAAAGACCUUAUUCUACUGUACUGUAUUGUUACUAUUUUUAUCUUCUAUUCCUAAUCAUGUUCUACCAGUUUUUAUAUAUUUGAAACUGACUUUCACAGGGAUAGGGGGAAAUAUGAUUUUUCCCCUCCAAUUCUCAGAAUUUUCUAUAGACUACUUUACUCAUUUAAAUGGCUUAAAACCCACUAAUUGCUAUAUUUUUGCUAAAAUCUUUCUAACCAAGAAUAUCACGUGUAUCUUGCUUUGGUUUUGCUUUAGUUUUUUGAUGCAGUUGUUUUGAGUUUGAAGAAUCUAAUGUACUGAUAUUUUCCUUGUGUCUCAAAUUCAUUUAUAAUUGAUUUAUAACAGAUUUGUGUGAUGUGGAACAUUUCCAUUCCUUGUAUAUUUCCUUAAUUGAGGGUAGGGCUUAGCCACUUUAAGGAAAUAAGUAAGUACUUGGACAUUUAAAGGGACAGUGCAAAUUUGUAGAGGUAACUACGAUGAAUACGGUAUUCAGUCUUUGUAAGCUUAAGCAAGCACAAGCCAGGGUAGUUAUGCUCAGUCGAGCACUUUGAGAUGGAUUUUAAGUAAGAUGAUUUCUUAUUUAACACUUUUAAAAAAAAAAAAAAGCCAAGAGUUCAGCUUUGCUUACUGAAAAGGGAAGAUCUCGGUGAUUAACCUUUGCAUGUAAAUUUUUCUCUUUUUUUAAAGAAUAUAACCACUCAAGAUUUUUAUUACAGAUAGAACGUGUUUUUGAUGCUGAAAAGGUACUUAGCAAUGGGUUAGUCUUUGAGGAAGAAACAGGCCCAGGAAGAUUCAAUGCCUUGUGUAACAUCACUAUUAAGUUAUUAGGUCUUUUAAUGUUUAAUGUGUAUAAACCAGUUUCAUUAUACACAUUUGAGAAAGCAAUAGUCUUGCUGCUUAAAUGAUUAGUUAACUGACUUAGAAACUAGACAUUGGCUUUCUAAAUCAUUAGGCAGUCACAGUUACCAUUGCCUGUAACCAAAGGUAAUGAUAUAAACACAUGUUUAAAAUCAUGAGGCAAUGAGAAAACUUCAAAACCAAUCUUCUAGCUGUAAUUAAAAAUCGAGAGCAUUUUUAAACCAAUAAUUAAUCUAGAGGUGGGCUCAAACAGUGUAAGAAUUGAGGAUAUUUAAAAUACUGUAUGUACAUUUAUCUUUUUGAAGCUCAUACUUCCAUCAAACCUAUGGUUUUAACAGUGCUUUCUAGUUUAUCGAGUGUGUUCCCAUAUAUUCUCUUUUGUGCCCCACAAAUGAAAGUAAGAUAGGCUAGGAGACUAAUGGGGAAAACCUGAGGCUCAGAUGUGGGGAUCAAAUUCAGUUUCCCUUUUCUACGUGGUGCUGUAACUCUCCAAUAGAUUUCCCUUUGAGCCCCUCUCCACAACAAAGCAUUCUUUUGAGCUUGCCUGUUUCCUCAGGCUAUAAGUAAUAAAUUUGAACGUGGAGAUUGCCUCAAUGGCAAUCACAGCAACAGGCAACAAC